CUAUUUCAGUUUGUUUUUAAAACCAAAAACGGGAAAACUGGCCAUUUUUUGGCGUUAGCUUGUUUUGGUUUUGAACUUUUGGCAAAAUGUGUUGUGUAUGAUUUUCCCGUUGGGUAAAAAUGUGGAGCUGCACCAGGCAUCGAUAUGUUGGGGAAAUCGUUCGUGCAUUGCGUUGGGAAUCCACUGCAGCUGCUCCUGCCGCGAUCAGCUUGACGAACGAUGCAUCGCCAGCGCAUCGCGAUCCUUCUGCUCUUCUACAGACUCUCCGGGAGAUUGUGCAACACAAGAAGGAUUAUCCCUUCUUGGCGCUGAGGAAGAAACCACGCAAGACCAUCGUCAUCGACUUCAGUUCCCCGAACAUAGCCAAACCGUUCCACGCGGGCCACCUGCGCUCGACGGUCCUGGGCAACUUCAUCGCCAACCUGCACAACCGCAGCGGCCAUCGCGUCCACCGCGUCAACUACCUGGGCGACUGGGGCACGCAGUGCGGCAUCGUGCUGGCCGCGCUGGAGGCGUUCGGCUCGGAGGAACAACUGCAGACUUCGCCUCUCCAACACCUCCUGGAGUUGUACGUGAAAGGUUCGGAGUUGGACAAGAACGACGCGGAGUUUAAUCAGCGGGCGCGCAGCAUCUUCGCCGCCAUGGAAGCAGGUGAUGUGUCGCUGUCCCAGCAGUGGUCUACUGUGCGGGAUCUCAGUCUGCGCCAAUACGACGCGCUCUACAAGCGAAUAGGCGUGGAGUUUGACGAGACGAGCGGGGAGUCGUUGUACGCCCACGCGGCGCGUGAGGCGGCCCGUCACUUGACCGACGCACUGCAGGCCGAAGCGCCGGCGGAUGAGGUGGCCGGAGAGUUCGGUCAGCGCCUGCUGAAAACGGAUGGAUCCAGUUUGUAUUUGUCGCGGGAUUUGGCCGCGCUGCUGGAUCGUGCCCGUCGUCUGAACUUUGACGAGAUGCUGUACGUCGUGGAGAACGCGCAGACGGAGCAUUUCCAGGCGCUCUUCCAGGCGGCGCAGUAUUUUCCCGAAUUAAAAAAUCGGACGCUGCAGCACGUCAAAUUCGGUCGGAUUCGCGGGCUGAGCACCCGCAAGGGCCAGGUGGUGCUGCUGUCCGAUCUGCUGGAUGAGUUGCAGCAGAGCAUGAAGGAACGGAUGGGCGGAAGCAAGACGACGAAAGUGCCGGCGGCGGAAGUGGACGCGGUGGCGGAGGCGCUGGCCUUGUCCCUCAUUAUCGUCAACGAUUUCCAGCAGAGCCGGACGCAUGACUACGACAACGCGCGCGGCAAACUGCAGCAGGUGGAGGGCGACACGGGGCUGUUUUUGCAAUACUGCCACGCACGCAUCUGCAGUUUGGAGCGAAGCGCCGGCGUGAAUGUGAAUGAGAACUGCGAUGUGGAGUGUUUACGGGAGGAGGAAGCGUUGGCCGUGCUGCAGCAGUUGGCGGCGGUGCAGAGCUGCGUGGAGCGGGCCGGCACGCAGCUGGAGCCGGUGCACAUUGUCCGUUAUCUCUUCCAGACGGCGCAUCUCAGUAACCGCGCCAUGCGGAUUUUGCGCGUGAAAAACCAGCCGAAGGAUGUCGCGGAGGCGCGUUUGCUGCUGUUCCACGGCGUCCGGCUGGUAAUGGCCGCCCUGAUGGAGGUGCUGGGCCUGCGACCACUGCAGCAAAUGUGAUUAAAUUUUUUUGCUCUUUUCGUACACGACUGCCGGUCGUGGGCGGUUGUACUGGUGACUGUGAUCUAUUUUGUGCCGGCAUUUUUCUUCUGUUUUUCAAGCGUGUUAAUGAAAAAGCGAGCUGCUAAUUAGCGGCGUCAGCA